CAACACAGAAACUGGAAAACACUGGUGUGACAAUGAGGUCAGAGCACUUAUAAACAUAUGGUCUGACGAAAAAAUUAAGCAAAUGCUUGAAGGGGCCACAAGAAACAAAGAAAUAUUUGAGGAAAUUGCCAGAAGACUAAUGCAGUUUGGAAUAGACAGAGACUGGAAACAAUGUCGUACCAAAUACAAAAAUUUAAAAUAUGAAUACAGAGUUUUACAAAAGAAAACUGGCAACCCUCAAGGAAAAAUGAGAUUUUAUGAAGAAGUUGAUGGCCUCCUAAGACAACCAUCUCUCAGAACUGCCAAAUGGAAACAUGAAUUAUUUGAAAGUCAUACCCAACACCCAAGAACUUUGAGAAUCAAGAGAAAAGCACAUGAAGAUGAACCAGCGGCAGUAUCUCUUAAGAAAACUGCUCCUGAGAUCACUGCAAAUCAGUUUCCUCAAAGAAGAACAGAACCAAAAGAUUGUACAGAAUGUUUUUGCAGUCAGGAGACCCCCUACGUGACCCAACUUCAUCAGAGUCCUGCCUCUCUUCCUAGAGCUGCCGCUGCUUCCAGACCACUCCGGAUAAUGGCGACAGCCGAGGUACUGAAGAUUGGUAAAAAACUCUAUGAGGGUAAAACAAAAGAAGUCUAUGAAUUGUUGGAUAGUCCAGGAAAAGUCCUCCUGCAGUCCAAGGACCAGAUUACAGCAGGAAAUGCAGCCAGGAAGAAUCACCUUGAAGGAAAAGCUGCAAUCUCAAAUAAAAUUACCAGUUGUAUUUUUCAGCUGUUACAGGAAGCAGGUAUCAAAACUGCUUUCGCCAGAAAAUGUGGAGAGACAGCUUUCAUUGCACCUAAGUGUGAAAUGAUUCCAAUUGAAUGGGUUUGUAGAAGAAUAGCAACUGGUUCUUUUCUCAAAAGAAAUCCUGGUGUCAAGGAAGGAUAUAAGUUCUACCCACCUAAAGUAGAGAUGUUUUUCAAGGAUGAUGCUAAUAAUGAUCCGCAGUGGUCUGAGGAACAGCUAAUUGCUGCAAAUUUUUGCUUUGCUGCACUUGUUAUAGGCCAAACUGAAGUGGAUAUCAUGAGUCAUGCUACACAGGCUAUUUUUGAAAUACUGGAGAAAUCCUGGUUGCCCCAGAACUGUACACUGGUUGAUAUGAAGAUUGAAUUUGGUGUUGAUGUAACCACCAAAGAAAUUGUUCUUGCUGAUGUUAUUGAUAAUGAUUCCUGGAGACUCUGGCCAUCAGGAGAUCGAAGCCAACAAAAAGACAAACAGUCGUACCGUGACCUCAAGGAAGUAACUCCUGAAGGGCUGCAGAUGGUAAAGAAAAAUUUUGAGUGGGUUGCAGAAAGAGUAGAGUUGCUUCUGAAACCAGAAAGUCAGUGCAGGGUUGUAGUACUGAUGGGCUCAACCUCUGAUCUUAGUCACUGUGAAAAAAUUAAGAAGGCUUGUGGAAAUUUUGGCAUUCCCUGUGAACUUAGGGUAACAUCUGCCCAUAAAGGACCAGAUGAAACUCUGAGGAUUAAAGCUGAGUAUGAAGGGGAUGGCAUUCCUACUGUAUUUGUGGCAGUGGCAGGCAGAAGCAAUGGUUUAGGACCAGUGAUGUCUGGUAACACAGCAUAUCCAGUUAUCAGCUGUCCUCCCCUCACUCCAGACUGGGGAGCUCAGGAUGUGUGGUCUUCUCUUCGAUUACCCAGUGGUCUUGGCUGUUCAACCAUACUUUCUCCAGAAGGAUCAGCUCAGUUUGCUGCUCAGAUAUUUGGAUUAAACAACCAUUUGAUUUGGGCCAAACUGCGAGCAAGUGUAUUGAACACCUGGAUUUCCUUGAAGCAGGCUGACAAGAAAAUCAGAGAGGGCAAUUUAUAAGAAAGAACAUCAUUGCAUUGUUUAGGAGAAAAACUAUAAAUUUCUAGUUUAGCUGCAGAAAAAAGAAAUCAAGCAAGAUGAAAAGAUUUUAAAUCAAUCAGAGAAAACAAAAUUUAAAAGUGAAUGAAUGCCUCUCUAGAUUCAUGAAUUAGUAGAAUAAAUGUACAUAUUUAUUAGUAUUUCUUUAUAAGUAGUGAAAUUAGUAUACAUUUAAAAUUAAUCUCUUACCCACAUAUGGUCAGUUAGGUAGGCAGUAUAAUUAAAUAUAUUUCUUAAAUGAUAAUAAUGUUCUAUUAUAGAGCUCUAAAGUUACUACUUCCUACAUCUGAGUCCGUAAGUUUUAGAAACUUAAAAUGGUUGUAUCUUAGGGUGGUUAAGAGCAAUAUAGUCCUCUUUCACAUUAUGAUCUUUACAAAACUCUAGGGCAUGGUUUUUUACUUGCAGUCAGUAUGUCAGAAAAUGAUGUUGUAUUUAUCUCUAGCUAUAGCUAGAGAUGAUGUUUGGGUUUGAUAUUGCCUUUUUUAAGAAAAGCUGAGAUUGACUCUGGGGGUAAGAAAGACAUGAAUUAAGAUGAAGGGGCACUGUGGAAACCAUGGAGAGACUUCUGAGAACUUCUCUGUUAAGUGUCAGGGCAAUUUCCCAUGGAAAAGAAAUAGAGUCACCUUUGCCAUUGCAAAUGAGUUAGUAAAUCUUACUUGGCUCUGUAGGUCAUAAAAUUCUUUUAAUUCUGAUAACACAUAUUUUAGCCAGACUAACAAUCCCCAACCUACCAUCAUUUUCAAAAAUUGGAAUCUCCCAGUUAAUACCCAUAACUAGUUUCUUUCUUGUAAUAGUAUUAAGUCUAGUAUACCCAGCAAAAUGCACUUCUAAAGGAGCAGUUGUUACUGAGAGGUAUGAUAGUUCAUCAUGAGUCUAUAAACCAUAUUUGGAAAUAUCAGUGUUACAUUACGCAGCCUUGAGGAUUUUAUAGAUCAUGAAACUUUAAUCCAGGUGUCUAUGAACCCCUUAAGCUUACAUGUAAAAUUUUAUGUAUAUGUUCACUUCUAUGAGAAGGGGGCAAUCAGUUUUUACCAAAAAGAUGUGUGUCCCCCCCCAAAAUGUUAAGAAUCUCUGCUAUGAAAUCUUGACAAAUCAAGAUGAAAUCUUGACACUGGCCUACCCAGUCUAUGCUUUUUCACUUCCCUCUCAACUGUUAGCAAGCUGGCAUCUCAUCACUUCCUUCACCUGAUCUCUGUGCGGUAUGACUGACCUAACUUCCUUUCUUGGGCUAUACACCAAGUUGUUCCAACCUCAAUCUUAAUCAUUCCUCAUAUUUUACUCUUUCCCUUAAGUAUUGAUGUUUCCUACUAUUGAGUUCAUUGUUUACAAAUAAUGGUAGGAUAACUUUAAUUCUUUACAGUGAAUGUCUGUAGACUUGUAUUUUCAGCUGUCCAUUUCUGUCUGAAUGGUCUAAACUUAACUCAUCUUCCACCAAGCCUAUAUCUGGCUGCACUCACUGUCCCAAAUUAAUUUUAUCCUUGAUGUUUUUCUCUGACCUUUCAUUUCUAACUCAUUACCAGGUCUUGAAUUUACCCUGUUUACCCAUCCACUGUACAUAAACCUCAAGCAA